AUGCAAUCCAUUUUCCCGCCAUUAUAUGAAGCCGUCUUUCAGAAUCUCACCGAAUCGUAUUUGACGAUUCUUGAUUCAUUGUAUAUCGAUGAGGACAUUUGUCCACAAAGGGAAGGCUUCGACUCUGAAUGCGAUCGACGGUGCGCUCAGCUUUAUCCUAUGAGGAUAUCCAGUGGCUGCCGCACACGAUCUUCUGGAACAUUGCUAUCAUUCUUCGGUAUUCGAUCGUUUGUGUGCACUUGCCAUUUGGCGAAUAUUGCUUGCGCCAAUAUCCAAUUCGCCAUGCACCCAUUUCACAUGGCUGUUGUUCAACAGCAUUCGUAUUUGACAUCGCUUGCCAAUGGCGAGCAAACGUGUGAUCAGAUUUCGAAUACAGCGCAGCGGCUCACAUGUCGCGACAACUUCCAACCGCCCAACUGCAAUUGGCGACUUUCCAAAGAGUUCGAAUGGUUCAGUGCGCAGCCUAAUGGAGGUCCGAUGCCCGGCGAGGCGCCAGUGGGUCUUUACCUCGCCGGAUCUAGUCAAUCAGGCGCCACCUGGGCUACCGUUUCCACUUGUGACGGUCUUUGUUCGAAGACGUCUGUCAAUCUGACCGCCCGUAUUUGGAGACCGCCAACUGUAGUUGUCGAGCUUUGCUUCAAGGAAAAAGAGACGACAUUAUGCGCACCCGUUCAAUCAUCGAACGGACGACUUUUGAACGAAGUCAUUCCGGAAACACCAUAUUAUCAGGUGAUGCUUCGAUUCUCGAACGUUUCCGCCGGUGAGAUGGUCCUUCUCGACGAUCUCUCGGUUUCAUACCAACCAUGUGAUUUGUCGCAGCCUUCUUCUGUUCAAAGCAGCGGCACCAGUCAAGUAGCUCCUGUUAGACUCACACAUCGUUCGCGCGAAGGAAUUCUGCCGAAGAGGAUUUGCCAAAAUGGAGACUGCGUGCAUUCGGCAAGUCAUGUGGCUGAUCCUUACCCAGCUCCAAACAUUGCUCAUUCGCAGAAAAUGUGCGUCGGACGCGCUGGAUUGGCGAUCUGCCGACAGAAAUGCAAAUCACUCGACACAUCAGACUCCGCCGCUCGUUGUAUUCGCCAGCGUGAUAAUCCGCUUGUCAAAAAGUGCAUUUGUCAAGUUCGACGAUCGCCAAUUCGAAAAAUCGACGGCGGAAGUCGAAUCAGCGAUGACGUGAAGUCCGACGAGCAACUCUCGCAGAAUCGGAUUCUUGCUGACGACUCGAUUAUGAAAUCCGAUCCGAUGGGCGCUGUUCUGAAUAGCAGCACAUGGUGCAAUCUAAUGGAACGCGAUAUUUGCACGCAGAAAUGUGGCGCCGAAAAUCCGGAAAGCUCCGGCGUCUGUCAUACGCCACAAAACUGCGAAUGUCGAAUGAAAACGACGUGCUCGGUGAACACGUGCAAUUUCGAGAAAGGCACCAAAUGCGGAUGGGCCGAUUUGCGAAUGCUCAGCCAACACUUCAACAAUAUCAGUGUUGCGAUGAAGAAGGGCGAUGAGAAUCGCUACGGGAUAUCGCGACUCAAAUCAAGCUCGUAUUCCGGAUUGCUGUACAAGGCGAAUCUCAUCGGACCGAUCUCGAUGUCUGUCGAUGUGUUCCCCUCGCAUGUGAUUGACGUGAGGAUAUGCGUGCAGAAUCUUCGAAAAUGUCAAAGCCAGACAAUUGCUGCUCGAUCUUGGAAUCGAAUCAGCGCCAAAAUCAAAGUACCAUCCACCGAGAAAAUCUUCGUGCUUUUUUACAACUCGGAAAAAACGCCAAAAUCGAUAGCAAUCGAUAAUAUAAUAAUUCGAAAUGGUACCUGCGUGUAA